AUACCAAAUAUAGUUGAAAUUUCACAUAAAUUUACAACUUUCCAAUUUCAAUCAUGGCUACACCACAUGAUCAAAAUAAUGGAACAGUUUCAAUUUCAAGGGUUGUGUGUGUGCAUCCAAAGAUUGAACAACCUCAUAGGGUGUUAAGCCUCUCAAAUUUGGAUAGGCAGUGUCCAAGACUUAUGCAAUUGGUGUUCUUCUACAACAACUUGAUGAAGAACGAUUUGUCCCUCAAUUCAGUGUUCAACGGCUUGAAAAUUGGGUUGGAAGAGACCUUGAUUUUGUGGUACCCGGGUGCUGGAAGGUUGAUGAUGAUGAACCCUAAUAAUAAUAAUAAUAAUAAUAAUAAUCAAAGUGAUGGAAAGCUCAAUCUUUGGUGCAAUAAUGAAGGUGCAAUUCUUGUGGAGGCUGAGACCAAAGCUAGAAUCUCAAAACUUGGGGAUCUUUCUCAGUACAAUGAGUUCUUCGAGAAACUUGUUUAUAAGCCUGAUUUUGAUCCCAAUUUCUCAAACAUGCCUUUGAUUGUUGCUCAGGUAACAAAAUUUGGUUGUGGAGGGUAUUCAAUUGGCAUUGGAACAAGCCACUCACUAUUUGAUGGACCAGCAACCUAUGAUUUCUUGUAUGCAUGGGCUUCAAAUUCUGAAAUUAUGAAGGCUAUUACAGCUAAGCCUCUUGAGCUUCCAAAACCAGUGCAUGAGAGGGGAAUACUUCUAAGUAGUGGUAACAAUAAUAAUCACCAAGAACUUUCAAAAGGGUGUAUGAAUUUGCCUUCAAGUUCGAAUUUUUAUGCCCAUGAUGAUCAUAAUCAACCAAUUAGGGCUAUGGCAGUACAACAUUUAUAUCAACUCAUAAUGCAAGCAACUGCAGAAGCUACACUACUUCAAAGUAGAAGUGAUGAACCCUCCGAAAAUAAUUAUCAAAAGAAGUGGGUUCUUAAGACCUAUCAUCUGUCUGCUGCAAUGAUAGAUAACUUGAAAAGGAAGUACUUAUCUUCCAUCAAGAGAGGAUCUCUUCCAUUCUCAACCUUUGAGGUUCUUACAGCUCAUCUCUGGAAGGCAAGGACAAAAGCUUUAGGGCUGAGCAAAGAGAAGGUAGUAUGCCUUCAAUUUGCAGUGGACACAAGGAACAAGAUGGUGCCUCCAUUACCAAAAGGCUUCAGUGGUAAUGCUUAUGUUCUUGCCUCACUUAUGAUGUCUGUGUCACAAUUAUUGGACCAUUCUUCCCAUGAAUUGAUCAUUGAGAAAAUAAGAGAAGCCAAAAAUGCUGUGAACCAUAGCUAUGUCAAAUCAUACAUUGAUGCAUUGGAGUUAGGCUCUAAUAAUUCUCUGCCUCCACUUAAGGAACUAACUCUUGUUAGUGAUUGGACGAGAAUGCCCUUCCAUAACAUUGAGUUCUUUCAUGGAAGAAAAGCAGCUUAUGCUUCUCCACUUGCCACUCCUGUUCCUCAGGUUGCUUAUUUCAUGCAGAGUCCAUUUGAUGUUGGUGGUGUUGACCUCAGGAUUGGCUUUCAAGAUGGAAUAACCCUAAGUGCUUUCACUCAAUGCUUCUUAAUCUAACUAAAAAAGAAGCUUCUAUG